AUGACCUGCGGAUUCGCUGGCUCGUACACGCUCACUCAAGAUCACACUAACAGGCAGGCCAAGAAGGCAGCCCGCCGUGUCGCUGCAAAACUGCCCACGAAGCGCAAGCACAUCUGCAAGGAGUGCGGCAAGGCAUUUAACUCCAGCAGCAACCUCUGCAGACACAGGCGCAUCCACACAGGCAAGAAGCCGUACGCGUGCACGUUCUGCGGGUUCAAGUUCAACAACAGCAGCAACCGCAAGAAGCACGAGCGCGACUACUGCAAGCAGCGCCCAGAGUUGCAACAAGACGCAAACUAGACCAGCAUAGCCAACCUCUCAUUGUUGUCUGUGUGUGCAUGUGUGUGGUGUGCGUGUGUGUCGUGUGCGUUCGCACGUGACAUUGCAUGUGUGUGUAUGUGCACGUAUAUAGGAGCUGCUUGACACCUUAUUGUAACAUGGUCGUUCUAACCCUUCGACGAUUUCGAACCCCCACCCCCCUUGCAUCUGUUUUCGAUGCGUGUCUCCGUUUGCGGUUUCAAAUGACCACCACGUGACCCCCCUCCCCCGUCUUUCCUCUGGUUCACAAUUGUUGUUUGAUUGCUUGCUUGCUUGCCGCGUUCGUAACUGUUUACUUGCACCCUUGAUGAUCCGCCGUUUUUGCCUUGACUCUCAUCUUGCUGCCAUAAUGGCAACCAAUACACAUGAUGGCGUGUCACAUCGCACAGG